AUGGUUUCGUUUAGCAAAUCCGCCGCGGCGGCCGCUCUGGUCUUCCUGACGGCUUCGGUCGAUGCCCAUAUGAAACUCAAGACUCCAGUUCCAUAUGGCCAGUCCACACUCGACAACUCACCCCUCCUUGCUGAUGGUUCCGACUUCCCUUGCAAGCAGCGCCCUGGUGUCUACGAUGCCGAAGGUGCCAACAACGUCAUGGCCAUUGGUGAACCACAGACCCUUAGCUUCAUCGGCAGUGCGGUCCAUGGUGGGGGCUCGUGCCAGGUCAGCCUGACAACCGAUCUACAACCUACCAAAGACUCCAAAUGGAUGGUCAUCAAGUCUAUCGAAGGUGGCUGCCCUGCCUCCGUCCCAGGCAACCUUCCCGCAGACCCCAACGGCUCCGGUGCUAGCACUUUCCAAUUUACCAUUCCCGACGGCAUCGCUCCAGGUCAAUACACUCUCUCAUGGUCAUGGAUCAACAAGAUAGGGAAUCGAGAGUACUACCAAAACUGCUCGCCUGCUACCGUUACCGCUGCGAAGAAGAAGAGAUACGCGCCAGCUCCCAAGAUCGCCAAGCGCCAAACUUCGUUUCCUGACCUUUUUGUUGCCAAUCUCAAGGGUAUCAAUGACUGUGUGACUGAGGAAGGGUUUGACUACGUCUACCCAAAUCCCGGCCAAGUUGUCCAAUCGGCAGGUACCGGUCCUUAUACCACACUUACUUGCGGUGCCGCUGCUGGCAGUGUUCCUGCUGAGCAACCCACAGCAUCGGCUGCUGUGGCAUCAGCCUAUGGCGCUACAACUGCAGCUGCGUCGGAAGCGACUGAAGCGGCCGGCGCCUCUGGACCAACCUUUGCCGGCCCGGCCGAUUCGCAACCUACUAGCACGGGUGGUUCCGGGCCCGCAAUUUUCGCAUCCGGCGCAGCUUCUCCCCCCACCUCCACUGAUCUGCCUCAAGUCAUCCCGGUCAAAACUGCCGCUCCAGCGGCAACUGUCGCAGCCAGCACCGGCAGCAACGACACCAACUCGUCGGGGACAACCGCUGGCGCCCAAUCCGGUCCUUGCAGCAAUGAGGGUGCUUGGGCAUGCUCUACGGACGGCUCCAGCUUCCAGCGUUGCGCGAGCGGCACCUGGAGUGUUUCAAUGGCCAUGGACGCGGGUAUGAAAUGCCAGCCAGGAGUCUCGAUGACCUUCGCCAUGCUUCCAGGCAAAGUUAAGCGCCAUUCGCAUGUGCGCCGAAUGGGGGGUUUGAUUGGCAGAUCUCACCACUAG